CUCUGCUAAAGAAUCAAGCAGGAAGGGGAGGCUUUCUUGGGCUGUAGAUCCGGGAAAUCCGGGCCCUAGGCGUCUCCACUUAUCCCAGUAGCUGGGACAUACUGGGAGUCAGCAACCACGCGAGCCGGAGCUGGGUCAGGUUUGCUGGGAGAGCAGAAGGAGAUGGAGGCCAGAGAAGGAAAGGAACGCUUUCUGAAACAAAGGCAAGUCUUGAUAUUCUUUGUUUUGCUGGGCAUAGCUCAGGCUGGUUCCGCGCCUAGGCAUUAUUCAGUGGCCGAGGAAAUGGAGAGUGGCUCCUUUGUGGCCAAUUUGUUAAAAGACCUGGGAUUGGAGGUAGAUGAGCUGGCUGCGCGAGGGGCCCGCGUCGUUUCCAAAGGGAAAAAAAUGCGUUUGCACUUGGAUAGGCAGACGGGGGAUUUGUUGUUAAAUGAGAAACUGGACCGGGAGGAGCUGUGCGGCCCUACCGAGCCCUGUGUGCUACCUUUCCAGGUAUUACUGGAAAAUCCUUUGCAGUUUUUUCAGGCUGAGCUGCGGAUUAGGGAUAUAAAUGAUCAUUCCCCGAUUUUCCUAGACAAAGAAAUAAUCUUGAAAAUCCCAGAAAGUAUCACUCCUGGGACUGCUUUCUUAAUAGAAUGUGCCCAGGAUUUAGAUGUGGGAAGCAACGGUCUCCAAAGUUACACAGUCAGCCCCAAUUCCCACUUCCAUCUGAAAUUGCAAAACAGUUCCGACGGCUUGAUAUUACCACAGCUGGUGCUGGACAAAGCGCUGGACCGCGAGGAACAGUCUGAGAUCAUGUUAACUCUAACGGCGCUGGAUGGCGGGGCGCCUCCCCGGUCUGGCACCGCCCUGGUCCGCAUUGAAGUCUUGGACAUCAAUGAUAAUGCCCCGGAAUUUGCAAAGUUGCUCUAUGAAGUUCAGGUUCUGGAAAACAGCCCCGUUGGAUCCCAGGUUGCUAUGGUCUCGGCUAGAGAUUUAGACAUUGGAGCCAAUGGAGAAAUAUCUUAUGUCUUCUCCCAGGCUUCCGAAGAUAUUCGCAAAACUUUUCGAAUAAAUGCAAAAUCGGGAGAACUCCUUUUAACACAGAAACUGGAUUUCGAAUCCAUUCAGACUUACACAUUAAAUAUUCAGGCGAUAGAUGGUGGGGGCCUUACAGGAAAAUCAACAGUGAUAGUUCAGGUAGUUGAUGUCAAUGACAACCCACCAGAGCUGACCUUGUCGUCGAUUACCAGCCCCAUCCCGGAAAACUCGCCAGAGACGGUGGUGGCCAUUUUCAGUGUUUCCGAUCCAGACUCUGGAGACAAUGGGAGAAUGAUGUGUUCCAUCCAGAACAAUCUCCCCUUUGUCCUAAAACCGUCUGUAGAAAACUUUUACACCCUGGUGUCCGAAGGAGCCCUGGACAGAGAGAGCCAGGCUGAGUACAACAUCACCAUCACCGUCACCGACAUGGGGACCCCCAGGCUGAAAACCCAGCACAACAUAACCCUGCUGGUCUCCGACGUCAACGACAACGCCCCCGCCUUCACCCAAACCGCCUACACCCUGUUCCUCCGCGAGAACAACAGCCCCGCCCUGCACAUCGGCAGCGUCAGCGCCACAGACAGGGACGCGGGCGCCAACGCCCAGGUCACCUACUCGCUGCUGCCGCCCCACGACCCGCAGCUGCCCCUGGCCUCGCUCGUGUCCAUCAACGCGGACAACGGCCACCUGUUCGCCCUGAGGGCGCUGGACUUCGAGGCCCUGCGGGCGUUCGAGUUCGGCGUGGGCGCCACGGACCGCGGGUCGCCCGCGCUGAGCAGCCAGGCGCUGGUGCGCGUGCAGGUGCUGGACGCCAACGACAACUCGCCCUUCGUGCUGUACCCGCUGCAGAACGGCUCUGCGCCCUGCACCGAGCUGGUGCCCAGGGCGGCCGAGCCGGGCUACCUGGUGAGCAAGGUGGUGGCGGUGGACGCAGACUCGGGCCAGAACGCCUGGCUGUCGUACCAGCUGCUCCGGGCCACGGAGCCCGGGCUGUUCGGCGUGUGGGCGCACAAUGGCGAGGUGCGCACGGCGCGGCCGCUGGGCGAGCGCGACGCGGCCAAGCACAGGCUGGUGGUGCUGGUCAGGGACAAUGGCGAGCCCGCGCUGUCUGCCAGCGUCACGCUGCACGUGCUGCUGGUGGAGGGCUUCUCGCAGCCCUACCUGCCGCUGCCCGAAGCGGCGGCCGAGCGGGCGCAGGCCGACCCGCUGACCGUGUACCUGGUGAUCGCGUUGGCGUCGGUGUCGUCGCUGUUCCUGUUCUCGGUGCUGGCGUUCGUCGCGGUGCGGCUGUGCAGGCGGAGCAGGGCGGCCUGGGCGGGUGGCUGCUCGGUGCCUGAGGGCCACCUUCCGGGCCACCUGGUGGACGUCAGCGGCACAGGGACCCUGUCCCAGAGCUACCAGUAUGAGGUGUGUCUGAUGGGAGGCUCAGGGACCAGCGAGUUCAAGUUCCUCAAACCCAUUCUUCCCAACUUCCUUGCUCAAGGUGAGGAGAGGGCUAGUGAGGCAAACCCCAGUUUCAGGAAUAGUUUUGAAUUCAGUUAAGAAUUAGUAGGUGUCUACUGACUCUAGUCUGUUAAUUUGUGAAAAAUCCCUUUUUACUGCUUUGCCCAUUGAGGUUGUUUCUUUUUAUUUGAAAUGUAAAUAUCUCAUUUC